CGUCACGUGACGGGCUACGCCCCUGCUUCCGCGUGGUCCCUCCCCCUCAGUCCGCCAUCGCAAUUACGCUCUCUGCGGCCUGCAGUUAGUGGGCCGCUGCCGGCCGAAGAGAAUGCGCCGACCGGGACCGGAGGAACUCUAGGCCAAAGGGGUGAGCCAGCCAGGAUCCCGGGACUCUUCCCCGCUGGAAGCCGGCGAGAGAAAAUGAAACCAGGCGGGUUCCGGCGGGGGAGGGAGGGAACCAGCGGAAGGUGUCAUGGCGGCCGUGCUUUGGGGUCACGUGCCCCGCCGGCCCGCCUUGGCACUUCCGGUCACGUGCCCUCAGAGUUCUCGCAGCCAGCGAUGGAGGCGAGACCCCCCAGUAACAGAGGCGGUAGCGGAGGCUGCGGCGGCUACUGGGUUUCAGACUCUUCCCGGCAGCGUCGCUAAGAAGCGCAGCGGCACUCGACCGGACCCAUCCCACUUUCUUACUCCCUGCCCAGGGCCGCAGCUCCCACCUGCACCUUCUAGCCAUCAUGGCAACUUCAUCUGAAGAAGUCUUGCUGAUUGUAAAGAAGGUGCGUCAGAAGAAGCAGGAUGGAGCUCUAUACCUCAUGGCAGAAAGAAUUGCUUGGGCACCUGAAGGCAAAGAUAGAUUUACAAUCAGCCAUAUGUAUGGAGAUAUUAAAUGUCAGAAAAUCAGUCCAGAAGGAAAAGCUAAAAUUCAGCUUCAGCUGGUUCUGCACGCAGGGGACACAACUAACUUCCAUUUUUCCAAUGAAAGCACAGCAGUCAAAGAGCGAGAUGCAGUGAAAGACCUUCUUCAGCAACUGCUGCCCAAAUUCAAGAGGAAAGCUAAUAAAGAACUUGAAGAGAAAAACAGAAAAGAUACUAAACCAUUAGAAGCUGAUGUCCGGCCCCAAACAGAUGGAUGUAAUGGUCUAAGAUAUAAUUUAACCUCUGAUAUUAUUGAGUCCAUAUUUAGGACCUAUCCCGCAGUAAAAAUGAAAUAUGUAGAAAAUGUUCCCCACAGCAUGACAGAAAAGGAAUUCUGGACACGUUUUUUUCAGUCCCAUUAUUUUCACAGGGACCGGCUGAAUACAGGGUCAAAGGACCUGUUUGCAGAAUGUGCCAAAAUAGAUGAAAAAGGGUUAAAAACAAUGGUUUCCUUAGGAGUGAAAAACCCACUACUUGAUUUGACAGCUUUGGAAGAUAAACCAUUAGAUGAGGGCUAUGGCAUAUCCUCUGUGCCAUCUACUUCUAAUUCUAAAUCCAUAAAGGAGAAUAGUAAUGCUGCCAUCAUCAAGAGAUUUAACCAUCACAGUGCCAUGGUCCUAGCAGCAGGUCUCAGGAAACAAGAAGCACAAAAUGAACAAAAUGGUGAGCCCAGCAGCAUUGAUGGAAAUUCCAGAGAUGCAGACUGCUUUCAGCCAGCAGUCAAAAGGGCGAAGUUACAAGAGUCCAUUGAAUAUGAAGACUUGGGAAAAAAUAAUUCCAUAAAAACGAUUGCGCUAAACCUGAAGAAGUCAGAUAGGUAUUAUCAUGGUCCAACUCCUAUCCAGUCACUACAGUAUGCAACAAGUCAGGAUAUUAUUAAUUCUUUUCAAAGUAUUAGACAAGAAAUGGAAGCUUAUACACCCAAAUUAACUCAGGUUCUCUCAAGUAGUGCCGCCACCAGCACCAUCACAGCACUGUCGCCUGGAGGAGCACUUAUGCAGGGAGGGACACAGCAAGCCAUAAACCAGAUGGUGCCAAAUGAUAUUCAGUCUGAAUUGAAACACCUGUAUGUGGCUGUUGGGGAACUUCUUCGGCACUUUUGGUCCUGCUUUCCUGUUAAUACGCCAUUCCUAGAAGAAAAGGUAGUGAAAAUGAAAAGUAAUUUGGAACGAUUCCAGGUUACAAAGCUCUGCCCAUUCCAAGAAAAAAUUCGAAGACAGUAUUUAAGCACAAACUUGGUAAGUCACAUAGAAGAGAUGCUCCAGACAGCCUACAACAAGCUCCACACGUGGCAGUCACGACGUCUGCUGAAGAAAACGUGAGGUGUCUGUGGCUCUUACAGGUUUUGUGAGAUUGAGAGAACUGUGACCUACAGUGACUCUGGAAACCUGGCCUGACAGGCAGAUGAUCAACAGAAGUGCAAGAAACGUCUGCACCACGCCAACUCUCAGAGCUGAUGCUAUUGUACUUGCACAUUGUGAACUGAAAGGAAAAGAACUGAUUAAACUAAAAGCUGGGGAGGUAAACUAAGGCAGAACCAAAAUGAGCUAAGUUGCAAAUAUAUAUAUAUAAAUAUAUUUUUUAAAAAGACACUGUUUACUGCAGUUACUCAGGAACUGCUUUUGAUUCAUAUUAAGCUGCUUUCAGAAAUUAAAAAAAAAACACAACACUUUUUAAAAGGGUGCGUUGAUAAAAUUCGAGGUUUUUGUUGUUUUCUGUGUAAAUUUUUUUUCUAAGUUUAUGGCACAGGGUACACCUUAAGUAUUUCUCCUCCAUCCCCCACUUGGAUCCUCAAGUUUUACUGGAUUCUAGUUGUACCUUACAUCAGUAAGUUAAAGAGAGUCCUUUAAAGCAGGGCAGAGGGAGACUGUUGCUCAACCAUCAGGAAACAGUUGUGCUCAGAAGACAUCAUUGGUCCUGUGUUUCCUACGGAAAUGAGACAAUAAAUAUUGCACUGAAUGUUUGUGGUUUAAGUCCCUAAAUGAUAAAGAGGGAACAGAAUUUGCAGAAGUUGUGUGGGGUUUUAUGCAGAAUUUUGUCAGAAGACAAUGGUGCUGCAUGUUCUUCUUUGAGUGCAAAUGUACAUUGCUAAGAUUUUUUUUAAGAUAGCAUGUGCUUUGAAAAAAGGAAAUUGCAUUUUUAAAGUUUAAAAAUCUUACGAGUGAGAAAUAUAAGAGAUCUUACUUAUUUUCACUUCUUUAGAAAAAUAAAAGAUGUUUCUCAUA